UUUGCCAUUUGCCUAUUUCGUUCUUCCCAUGGCCAUGUGUCUAGUGUCUGAAGUGUGACAAGUGUCUCUAGUUUAAGCUUCGAUUAGAAGUUUAGAAGUUAGAAUUCGUUAGAAGAUUCGUUCACGGACUCAGUGAGAGUGUAUAUUGCAAUUUUCUGAAUAGUUACGAAUUUGCGAUUUGAGUUCUUAUCAGCUAGCACGAUGAGAAGGGCAAGGCCAAAGAUAGCCCCCAAUUUGGUGUCGGCGGCCCGUUCGUCUAAAAAUGCCACAGCAAAUAAGGCUUACCAAUCAAACGAAGACGUAGCAUUAGCAUCUCAUGUUGAAACGAAUUCAACUCCAAAGCCAUUAAUUCUUCCUAGUUUGGAACGAAAUGAUGAAGCUACCAGUUCAGAAGAGUCUACCCUGAUCAUAACUCGUCAGCCUGAACCAGUAAAAAUUAUUCCCUUGGAACUCUUGGAAAUGUCACCUUCUGUAGACAAAGAAAAUGUACUACGCACUGUGGUUUCGGAUGAGCUUUCUAGAGAUGGUCAAGCCAGUAGUUCAGUUAAUGAGCCUGGUGUACCUUCCUUUUCCCAUUACAAGUCUAAAAACAGAAUUCGACCAAUCAUUAUCAAUGCACCUCAUCGUAUAAGGACAAUCUCUAGUGCUAGUGAAUCUGAAGAUGAUGCUGCCAAGAAACAGUUGAGGACACAACUCAACUCUCCAGUAAAAAAACCACCGGCCAAAAAAGAUAAUGUUGACACAACAUCUCCAUUGCCACCCAAAGCAUCUACAGAGAAGGGUAAAAGAGGUAAAAACAAAUCUGAUCAAAAGACCCCACUCGGGUUAAAAAAGGCUAUCAUGAAAAGUAAGUUUGCCAGUGGUCCAGUGGAUCGUUCCAAGAUGACCAUGUUUGAUCUUAUCUACCAUAAUCCAGAUGAGGGUGAGAGACCAAAUGCUUCAGAGAAAUUAAAGAAACGACUUAAACCUUUUGAGGUCCAAGAGCUGGCAAAAGACCAAGCAGGAAAUGCAGAAACUACCGGAAAUGCCAACUUGGAUGAUAGGCUCGCCGAAGAGGAGGAAAUGAGAAUGAUGGAAGAAAAUCCAGAGAAUUCUGAAAAUGAAGGAGGAAAACAGUCAGAAGAGGAAGAAGAAGCCACCAUGCCGCAAGUUCGCCUGGGUCCCGAUGGAGAAAUCCUACUAGACGAGAAAAGUUUGGUAAUUGAUACUAGCGAAACUAAACGUAACAAAAGCCAACUUGCAAACGCUCCAAUAAUCGUUGAAAAUAAUCCCACUAUGGUGAAUUAUGGUUCAUGGCGUAAGAGGCGACGUGCUGACCGUUGGAGCAUGGAAGAAACCUCUCGCUUCUAUCUAGCACUGAAAAUGCUAGGUACCGAUUUCUCAUUGAUGGAACCGCUUUUUCCCGGCCGUGACCGUGUUGAUCUGAAGCGGAAGUUCAAGUCCGAAGAGAAAACGAAUUCUGCCUUGGUUGACAAACAUAUCUCUAACCAGAUACCAUUCGACAUAACCCAGUUCAGGGAUGAAUCACCAGGAGAGGAUUCGAGCGGCCUUGAAAACGAAAUCCAAGAUAAAUCAAGAAAAGAUGCCAGUAAACAUACCAAGACCACUGACAAAAAGUCAAAGGGGAAAAACAAUAAAAAAGAAAAGGCUUUGAAGAAAACCGUGAGCGUCCAAGAACAAGUUUCAGUUGCAUCUAUCAGGUCGGAUAAGAAAACAACACACGGAGAAUCUGAAGAAGAGAUGGCACCCCCUGCGAAAAAAGGCCGGAAGGGGAAAGCCACUGAAUCUCGAGUGUCUACAAGAGGUCGAAAGACGAAUAUUGGAUCCCGAUCUGGUAAAAUAACGCGAAGAAAGAAUGUAAAGCCUCUUGAUUCUGAUGACGAACAAUCAGAAACCCUACUGAGAAUGAUGCUUUAGAACCAGCAAAUUGUUCGAAGGAUGCUAACCCUGCUGCUCCAAAUUCAAAUAAUCCACUCGAGAAUUAACUUAAUUCUCCCCUUCAUUGGUCCAUGUCUAACGUAUAGCCGAACCGCUUGAACCGGUCCCCUUACAAGAUCGAUUUUACCCUUUGAAUUUUGCCCAAUCCUUAAUUAUUAAUUUUGUGUGUGUGUGUAUGUUGUUGCCAUCAAAAAUUGAAUACCUAACUGUUUACUGCUUUUAAGGCCAGUGAGUAAGGAACAACGCAUAUUUAUACAGAAUUGUUAUUUGAAAAUUUUCACAUUCCACAUAGAAUUGAAGUGCUUAAUCAAUUGUAAUAAUAUGACAUGUAAAAUUACAAGAAACUCAGAAGCUGCACAGAAGAAUCUUCAUAAUUUUGGAUAUGAACUUUUCUGGCAGUGUUCAUUUUCAAACUA